CAGCAGCGAAACUAGCUUAACAAAAGAGGAAAAGAAAAAAGGAAAAAGGUUCAGAGAAUUUGCAGAAAAGAAGAGAAGAAAUUGCGUGCUUCGAGAGGUGUUCUUCAUCUCGUAUGACACCAGAGACGAUCGAGAGGAAGAGGAAGUCACGGAGUAGACGGGAUCGAUCGACCGUGGCUGAGACGCUCGCUAAGUGGAAAGCUUAUAAUGAAUGUGCUGAUUCCUGUAAUGAUGAAGACAAGCCAAUUCGUAAAGCUCCAGCAAAAGGGUCUAAGAAGGGAUGUAUGAAAGGCAAAGGAGGACCCUUAAAUUCACAAUGCAAAUAUAGAGGUGUGAGGCAGAGGACAUGGGGCAAAUGGGUUGCAGAGAUCCGUGAACCCAACAGAGGGAGUAGGCUAUGGCUUGGUACCUUCCCGACAGCCAUUGAAGCUGCUCUUGCCUACGACGAGGCUGCAAGGACGAUGUACGGCGAGACUGCUCGUUUGAACCUUCCCAACAUUAAAAACAGAGGGCAGCUACGGGGGAUUCUUUUGGAGGAUUACUUGGGGCUGCGGAACUCCGAUUCUUCAACCGCUACUUCCACAUGUUCUGGAUCGACAAUCACGACGUCGAACCAAUCUGAGGUCUGUGUGCCUGAGGAGUUCGCACUGUGGCCACCCUCAGACAUUAAGAUUGAAGAUGGAGAAGGCGAGUCGAGGACCUGGGAUCACUCCGGUCAUGCUCCGACUACGAUGUGCUUAGAGAAGCCAGUGAAGCAUGAAGAUGUGGAAGCUAAAUAUCUCGAGCAUCACAAUAAUCAAACAGUUCUACCGGAUACUGAGUUACCUAGUUGGGAUCAUCUGCAGAAUUUUCAAAUGGACGUGAUGUUUGAGCCGAGAAUUGGCGAUCAGGCCGAUGACACUGCGAAGCCAAUGAGCAUGGAGAAGAAGCAAGUGAAAAAUGAAGAUAACGAUGCUAAACAUCUUGAUCAGAGAAAUGAUCAGACAGUCUCAUCAGGGACCGAGAUUCCUGGUGUGGAUGACUUGCAAAACUUCCAAAUGGAUGAAAUGUUCGAUGUGGACGAGCUUCUAGGCCUGAUAAAUAGUGAUUGCUUGUAUGAUCCAAGCAUCUUGCAGGGCAAUGUAGAUGGUUUUAACAGCACAGCACCUUCCCAAGUCAGCGAUCACGGGUCUGAGAAGGCAUCAAGUUUGUCAUAUCAGUUCCAGAACCCCGACGCGAAGCUGCUCGGAAGCCUCCAACACAUGGAGCAAUCUCCGGCGAAUGUCGACUGCAGAUUUGAUUUCUUGAAGCAGGGGAGGGAGGAGGAUGUGAAUGCUGCAGCAGAUGAGUACAUAAGAUACCUGAAUUAUGAGAUGGAUGAUAUGGGAUUUUGAAGAAAAGUUGUGACAGAUUAGUAGUUAGAAAAAGAACAAACUUUCUGACCGCUUUGUAUCUCUGUUGUGUAAAAUAUGUUAGUAUUUGAAGCUGACAGAUUCUCCAUAGGUUUUAGUUUGGAGAAUAUGCAAGUCCCUUCUGAUCUUGGGAAUCCGUCACUGAGAUAUUUAUAGUUACCAUCACUUAGAUCUAACUAGCUUAUUUCAAUGAGUUCAAUAAAAUUUUGGCUGCAUGGCAGUUCGUCGAUUCCAAAUUA